AUGGUAGAUACACCCAAUUCACCAACCGUCAACGACACUUUACCUUCGAGUCCCGUGGCUAAGCCUCGGAUAACGCUUCCUCCUCUUAAACGACCUCUUCCCAAACUUAUCUCCUCCUAUGUCGCAAGUAGAGGUCUCCCUCGUCUGGUACCCCCAACGUUUCAGCGAGACGUAUCUGAUGACUGGGAUAGUCUUCUGAGUGAGAGCUCCGACUUUGUUGUUGAGAACCCCAUUUUAGAUGAGCUACGCCUGAGUGAAGUUGAUGUGUCUACGCUUGCCGUGGUAUCCCCAUUAAAGUACCUUACGUCGCCCCAUUCUCGCUUUCUGGAGAAGGGAUUACCGUUUGAUUGGGAGUGCUACGAAUUAGCUAAAGCAGCAGCAAAAUUACUAGAUGUAUCCACUGAAGCCGACGAGAAAUUGGUGGAGGAGGCACGUCUCAAUCCUAACAAAUUCUACAACCAGAUGAUUGCCCUCCCUAGAAGCUCGACGUCAAGAGAAUUCUACAAGGUAUGGCCACAUAUCGGUGGUCUUCAAGGCUCGCCUCGGCCGUUGGCAUUCUGGGCAAGCAUAUGGCGGUAUUAUACAGCUGAAUUUCUUCCUCGAUAUUUCAGUUUGCGCCAAGCGUGUAUCCAGUUAGAUAUAGAUCCAGUGGUGAUAUCUAACGACCACUCUUUUGCUGUAAUCAAUUCCCGGCAAUUGAGCAAACUCAAAGGAUGCUUUUGGUAUGCCACCAACGCCACAGCUUGUGAACUAGCCGCAACUCGAUUAUUUAAACCCAUAUCUCCAUCAGCGAUAUUUCGGGUGUUGACCUCAUUAAGAUCGGAGGCUGAAGCUAAAGGAGAGUUGUGUCCAGCAUUUUCUCAAUGCAAGUGCCCAUUCAAUCACAAAGCAGAGCUCGGUUGGGACCUCAUAUUCAUCGGGAAAGGAAAGCUCAGUCAACAUUUGACAAAGCACUACACAUUUAUUGCCAGAGAUGAUACAGUUGAUGAUGACGUCGAAUGUAACGAGUGCCACCACUUAUUCGCAUCAUUUGCAAGCUUUCUAGCUCAUGCUCCCAACUGCACAUUUGGUGAACCUUUGUCUGAUGUUAAAUUGCCAACGGAGCGUUCGACUUUAGCUAGAGCAUUGUUUUGUCAAUAUCUCCAGGAUGGUGGACGGGUGGCGCACAUUAUCCAUGAGGAACUUCAUAAGUUACAUGACAGUCCGCCUAAAGUUGAUCCUACUAACGAAAUUUUGGAGGAAAAUAUUCAGUCCAUGGCAAAAACGACUCUGCCAGGAUGGUUGAGUCGAACCACAUACCAGCUUCACUUGAUGCACACUCCGAUUGCGUAUGAAUGGUGA